CAUCGGUGGCUAACAGGCAUCAUGGCGGAGCCGACGGUCCGUAUGUCUGGGAUAGUUUUAGCUUCUCUCAUGUUCCAGCAUGUAAACUGCGAUUCCGACGUGGAGGGUCUGAUCCUCGGAGAGAGUAAAUUUGAGGAGCAGAUCACCAUCAGCGACUCUCAGGCGGAUCACAUUCACAUCGAGGAAAUCUACAACAUCCAGAAGCACAUCGCCAGCCACAAACUCAACGACUUCUACAACAGUGUCGGAGAUGUGAACGUGGACGCUGUGAAGAAACUCCUGGCCAACAAUAAGCAGGAGAACGUCAUCGGCUGGUACCGACAGCGCAGGAACUCGGAUCAACAGAUGACCUUCAGAGAAAAGAUCGUCCACGAGACGCUGAAGACGUCUCUGUCCAACCCGCACAUGAUCUUCCUGCUGCUGACGCCCAGCAGGGUGACGGCCGCAGGCUCCACCCACCGCAUGGAGUACGCCGCCUUCAUCUCACGCAGCCGGCAGUUCAUCAACGUCCCCGUGCUGGUCAGUAAUCUGGGUUUACUGGAGCAGCUGGCGUACUGGAAGGUGUCGGCGCCGUGCUCCGCGGCCGGAUACAACGCCACCAUGAAGAAUCACAGCUCUAAAUUCUUCUCGUCUAACGGGCUGCUGAGGGAGGUGAACGACGUGAACGCCAUGAACGACUCUCUGCAGGCGGAGCUGCAGAGAGCGUGCGGGCAGGUGGAGGAGAGCGAGCGUCUGGUAGAAACUCUGCAGGCUGAAGUUUCGUCUCUGAAGAGGAAACUCGGCGAGAAGAAGCAGAACUCGGCGGGGAAAAGACUCGAUGGACUCGAUGGACUCGGUCAGAGGAACAACCUGCGGCUCCAGGACGCCAUCAGAGCGCUGUUCGCCCGCGAGCCUCUCUUCCUCACACAGACUUUAACCCUCGAGGCGUUUCCUGUCGCCGACGAGGACGCAGACGACACGACGACGCUGAAACAGUCGGACUCGACGGACGGCGAGGACUCGCUCUCGCGGCUGCCGCCGCCGGGCCGGACAAAUUGUCGGAAAAGGCCGAACGAGUCGGCGCCGGCGGGGAGGGAGCGGAAACGCAGGAAGAGCAGAUCCUGA